GCCCGGGUUUCACCUCCGAGCUGGCGGCGUCGGGAACCCCGAGGAACCGCUGCUGCUGCUGCUUCUUCCACCACCACCACCACCACCACCACCACCACCUCCUCCUUCUCCUUCUCCCGUUCCGUCGGACCGGUCGGGAGCGCGGGGUAUGGAGGAGCAGCAGCAGCAGAGGAGGAGGAGGGUGGAGGGGAACAGCAACCGGCGGCGGCCCCCCCGGGGCUGAGCCAUGAGAGUUCACCGAGACCUCGGCUGGUUGGCGGAGGCCACCGGGCGCCCAGGGCGGCGGGCGAGGAGCGGGAUGCUGGACGCCAUGGAGGUGCCGAGCCACUCGCGGCAGCUGCUGCUGCAGCUGAACACGCAGCGCACCAAGGGCUUCCUGUGCGACGUGAUCAUCGUGGUGCAGAACGCGCUCUUCCGCGCGCACAAGAACAUCCUGGCGGCCAGCAGCGCCUACCUCAAGUCGCUGGUGGUGCACGACAACCUGCUCAACCUGGACCACGAGAUGGUGAGCCCCGGCAUCUUUCGCCUCAUCCUCGACUUCAUCUACACCGGCCGCCUGGCCGAGUGCGAGCCGGGCGGCGAGCAGAGCCUGGGCGCCGUGCUGGCCGCCGCCAGCUACCUCCAGAUCCCCGGCUUGGUGGCCCUUUGCAAGAAGAAGCUGAAACGCAGUGGCAAGUACUGCCACCUGCGCGGGGGCUACGCGCCCUACAAGCUGGGCCGGGGGCUGCGCGCCGCCACCCCGGUCAUCCAGGCCUGCUACUCGGGGACGCCGCGGCCCGUGGACCUGCCGCCUGUGGAGCCGGCGGCGCCGCUCAACACGCAGUGCGGGGAGCUGUACGCCUCGGCCGCCCAGGGCGCCCCGCUGCACCCCCACGGGCUGUGCCCGCCCGAGCGCCACUGCUCGCCGCCCUGCGGCCUCGACCUCUCCAAGAAGAGCCCCACCGGCCCCUCCACCCAGCUCCUGCCCACCGACCGCCUGCUGCCUGGCGAGCCCCGCGAGCCCUCGCUGCCCCCGCGGCACGACAGCCCCCCGGUCAGCGCCGGCCUCCUGGCCGGCCACGCCGCCUACAAGGACUCACCGCCCGGUGGGGAGCCGGGGGGGCACCCCCACGCCCCCGACCCCUUCCGCAGCACGCCGCCCUGCGCCGAGCCCCCGCUGCCCCGUGUCGACGGGCGCGAUCUGAUGUACCGCUGGAUGAAGCACGAGCCCCUGGGCCCCUACCUGGACGAGGGGGAGGCGGAGAAGGAGCUGGACCGGGAGGAAAAGGCCGAGUCGCCGCCUGCGGCGCCGCAGCCCCGCUACCCCAGCGUGGAGAGCAACGACCUGGAGCCCGAUAACAGCACGAGCGAGGAGACGGGCAGCAGCGAGGGCCCCUCGCCCGGCGACGCGCUGGACCGCUACUGCAACCACCUGGGCUAUGAGCCGGAGAGCCUGGGUGACAACCUAUACGUCUGCAUCCCCUGUGGCAAGGGCUUCCCCAGCUCCGAGCAGCUUAACGCCCAUGUGGAGGCCCACAACGAAGAGGAGCUCUAUCACAAGGCAGCGGCCGAGCAGGCCGUGCCCUUCCUGGACAAGGGUGGCCCAGGGCUGGGUGACAUCCUGCGGCCCUACCGCUGCUCCUCCUGCGACAAGUCCUACAAGGACCCGGCCACGCUGCGGCAGCACGAGAAGACGCACUGGCUGACGCGCCCCUACCCCUGCACCAUCUGCGGCAAGAAGUUCACGCAACGCGGCACCAUGACCCGCCACAUGCGCAGCCACCUCGGCCUCAAGCCCUUCGCCUGCGACGCCUGCGGGAUGCGUUUCACCCGCCAGUACCGCCUGACUGAGCACAUGCGCAUCCACUCGGGCGAGAAGCCCUACGAAUGCCAGGUGUGCGGCGGGAAGUUCGCCCAGCAGCGCAACCUCAUCAGCCACAUGAAGAUGCACGCGGCCGGCCCCGACGGCAAAGCCAAGCUGGACUUCCCCGACAGCGUCUACGCCAUGGCCCGCCUCACCGCCGACCAGCUGGGGCUCAAGCAGGAGAAAGCGGCCGAGCUGCUCUCCCACACCUCGCACUUCCUCAGCGACCCCAAGGCCAUGGAGAGCCUCUACCCGCUGGCCAAGUUCACGGCCGAGCACCUGGGGCUGAGCCAGGACAAGGCGGCCGAGGUGCUGGCACAGGCUCCGCACCUCCACGCCGAGGCUGCCCGGACCAUAGAGCGAUACUCGCCUCCCUAGCGCCGGCCCAGCCGGGGGGUGGGGGGGGCCAC